ACCCUCCAAGUGAGCUCUGGCUCAGAUGCAGUGCCUGAGCAUUCAUCUCACACCCUCAGGAAAGAUCAAAAGAGGGACUGUGAGUGGGAGUAAGGAGGAGGCCAGGGACUAAGGCACGGGGUGGUGACCAGAGGAGGAGUCAACAUGAAGCCAGGGCUCACAGCCUUCUUUAUACUGCUUUUUGCCCUGCUCUGUGUCCUGGGAAUCCUGGCCAAUGGCUUCAUUGUGCUGGUGCUGAGCAGAGAAUGGAUGCGGAGUGGGAGGCUGCUUCCCUCUGACAUGAUCCUUAUUAGCUUGGGUGCCUCCCGCUUCUGCCUGCAGUGGGUUGGAAUGGUGAGAAACUUCUACUUCUUCCUCCAUCUGGUCGAGUACUGCAGGGGUACCGCAUGGCAGUUCUUUGGUCUACACUGGGACUUCCUGAACUCAGCCACCUUCUGGUUCGGCACCUGGCUCAGUGUCCUCUUCUGCGUGAAGAUUGCUACCUUCACCCACCCCACCUUCCUCUGGCUGAAGUGGAGGUUCCCAGGGUCAGUGCCCUGGCUCCUCUUGGGCUCUCUCCUGGUCGCUUUCAUUGUCACCCUGCUCUUCUUUUGGGGGAACUACAGUAUGUAUCAAGGAUUCUUCAUUAGAAAAUUUUCUGGAAACAUGACCUACGAGCAAUGGAGCAGGAGGCUGGAAAUUUACUAUUUCCUACCCUUGAAAUUUAUCACGUUGUCAAUUCCUUGCUCUAUUUUCCUGAUCUCAAUUGCACUGUUGAUUACUUUUCUGAGGAGACACACACGGAGAAUGUGGCAUAAUGCCCACAGCCUGCAGGACUCUAGCACCCAGGCUCUCACCAGCGCUCUGAGGUCAAUCAUCUCCUUCCUUGUUCUUUAUGUGAUGUCCUUUGUGUCACUGGUCAUCGAUGCUGCACUGUUUUUGUCCUCAGACAGUGAUUGGUACUGGCCAUGGCAAAUUUUAACUUACCUGGGCACAUCUGUCCAUUCCUUUAUUCUCAUCCUCAGCAACCUCAGGUUUCGAAGGGUGUUCAGGCAGUUACUUCUGUUGGCCAGGGGCUUCUGGGUGGCCUAGGUGGCAUGGUCUCCUUAUCCAGACCCACAGAAGAGACUCAGCUUUAUCCCGUGCUUAGAUUCGUGUAACUACAAUCAAGACACAGAACUGUUCCAUCAUCACAAAAGAACUCCUUUAUGCUACCCCUUUGCAUCUGUACCCGGCUGCCACCUUACCCUCUAGGGCUUUCUUUGUCUUUGUUUUUGCUUUUUUAUUUUUAUGAUAGUGACUUUUGUCAUGCAGAAUUUUUGCUGAACUUAUCAAAAAAAUGUUAUUGACUGCUGGAAUUUUGUUUGAUAGAAGUCAUUCUUCACUUUGAUAUCAUUAAAAUCUCCUUUUCUUUGCUUCUAGUA